GUGUAUGUGUGUGCCUUGAAAUUAACAAAAUUAAUUUUAGUUUUCUCUCGCGUUCGCGAGAAUAUAGGAUAUUUUCGAAAAUAGAAAUUAGCGAUUGAUGCGUGUCGAUCGUUGUGCGUGAGUGUUUUACGGUACUUACAGGCGUAACGAGUACUCGGGCAUACCUUUAUCUAAAUUAUCUCAGUUUGUUUACUUUGCCAUGCGUUUAUAUUUUGAUUUGAUUUUAAAACUGUGAUUACGUACGUCCCUUGGUCAUUAUCCCGCGUGUGUGUAGGUGUUAGAUAACCUGAACUUUGUAACUUGGGACAUGUCCCGCUUAUAAAUUAUUAGUAUUAGCCAUAAAUGUUGUGUUAAAACGGCGGUUAAAAAGUGUGUUCGUUGAGGUUAUAAGAAGCAAAUUUAACAUAUUUCUUACAGUUUAUCGAAGCCGGCCUGAGCUGCGACCAUGGCGGAGGCCCAUGCGGCGGUCGCCUUCUCGUUUUCCAUCACCCACGAAGGUUGGGAUGUCAAUUUUGACAGGGAGGUUCUCCAUUUGGUUUGGCAGAGCGGUGUCCGGUCCUGGAAAAAACGGAUCGCGAGGUUCAUGAAUAAUGUCCACAACGGAGUGUAUCCUGGCCAUUACAGGUACCUGUGCGUUAUUAUAGCGUUAGUAUCGGUACUGCACGUUAACGGGGUCAAAGUGCCGUUCGAUCUUCCACCGAAAAUACUAUGGCUAUGUCCCAACAACGACGUUCAGUGGCAGCUCUUCGCUUGCUCCCUGACCGCACUCGCGUAUUGGCUGACCGUCAUCUACACCAUUCGGUUGAUUCUGAAGCUACUGUUCAAGUACAAGGGGUGGAUGUUCGAGCCUAGAGCUCGAGGCACUAAGCCGUCCCUCGCGACGACCGCGUGGUUGGCGCUGGUGAAGGUGUUUAGCGGAUGGAACACCCCCAAGUUGUACAGCUACCAGGGAUCGUUGCCGAGACUACCUCUCCCGUCGGUUCACGACACGAUGGUUCGGUAUCUGCGCAGCGUCCGUCCGCUGCUGAACGACCAAGCGUACCAACAAACCGAAAAACUGGCGGCCGAUUUCGAAAAAGGUAUCGCGAAAAAGCUCCAAUGGUACCUCGUCCUCAAGUACUGGUGGUCGACAAACUACGUUUCCGACUGGUGGGAGGAGUACGUCUACCUUCGUGGAAGGUACCCACUGAUGAUCAACUCGAAUUUCUACGGUAUCGACGCCAUCAUGCUCCACCCUACUGCUAACCAAGCGGCGAGAGCCGCGUCCGUAAUCAAUUCGUUGCUCAUGUUCAGGCGGCUCGUGGACAGGCAAGAGCUGGACCCGAUUUUGGUGCAGGACCUGGUACCGCUUUGUUCUUGGCAGUACGAGCGGAUUUUCAACACGACGCGCAUCCCGGGCGAAGAAUCUGACAAAAUCGUCCACUGGGCGGACAGCAAUCACAUCGCGGUGUACCAUAGGGGGCGCUACUUCAAGGUUAUCAUCUAUCACAAGGGACGAAUACUGAGGCCCGCGGAGAUUCAAAUGCAAAUGGAACAGAUAUUAAAGGAUCAGUCGGAACCCCUGACAGGGGAAGAGAAAUUGGCGGCUUUGACCGCCGGAGAGAGGACCCACUGGGCCAAUAUCAGAAAGAUGUUUUUUUCCAGGGGCGUAAACAAAUUGUCGCUCGAUGCCAUCGAGAAAGCGGCCUUUGUCGUUGUUUUGGAUGACGUCCCAUACGAGUUUGAUAUGGCAGACCCGUCCAAACUGGAUAACUACGGUAAAAUUCUGUUGCACGGCAAGGGCUACGACAGGUGGUUCGACAAAUCGUUCACCCUGUGCAUAGGAACCAACGGAAGGUUAGGGUUUAAUGCCGAACAUUCGUGGGCAGACGCGGCGGUGAUGUCACACGUGUGGGAGUGGGUCAUAACGGAAGAGUCGUAUGAGCCCCGGGCGGACGCUCCCAUAAUUGCACAUUGUCUAGAGUUCGCCCUGCUCGAAGAGGCAGAGACUAUACGAUUCGACGACAACGGUAACACCCUGGGAAAUCCGGAAUUCACACCGCCUCCGCCGAGCCGGCUCAACUGGGAAAUCGGACCGGAAUGCCAAAAUGGUAUCAGGAAUAGUCUGAAGGUGGCGGACAAGUUGAUUCAGGACAUCGACUUGAGGAUAUACGUGCACGACCACUAUGGAAAAGGGUUCAUGAAAACUUGCGGCCUUAGCCCGGACGCUUACCUGCAGAUGGCGCUACAGCUCGCUUAUUUUCGCGACGCGGGCAAAUUCUGUCUGACGUACGAGGCGACGAUGACGAGACUGUUCAGGGAGGGGCGGACCGAAACCGUGAGACCGUGUACAGUCGAGUCGUCCGCUUGGGUGAAAGCCAUGGAGGACAAGAACGUUGCGGCGGAGGAGAAAGUCCGGCUGCUCCGGGAAGCGUGCGACGUGCACCAGAGGUCAUCGAAGGACGCCAUGUGCGGUAAAGGUAUCGACAGGCACCUGUUCUGCCUAUACGUCGUGUCGAAGUACCUCGAGGUAGAGUCGCCGUUCCUGCGGGAGGUGCUCAGCGAGCCGUGGAGGUUGUCCACUUCGCAGACGCCGCACGGCCAAACGAAGAGGAUGGACUUGAAAAAGCAUCCCAAGUGUAUAUCGGCGGGUGGCGGAUUCGGGCCCGUCGCCGACGACGGAUACGGCGUCUCUUACAUCAUCGCCGGCGAGAACCUCUUGUUUUUCCACAUAUCGAACAAAAAGAGUUGUCCCACCACCGACUGCCAUCGAUUCGCUAUGAAAAUCGAGCAAGCGUUGUCGGACAUGCGUCAACUGCAUUGCGACUACAAACAAUCGACUGUCACCAAAUAAGCUAUCUUUCCUUUCUUGUUUCUUCGCAUUCUUUUCCUAGUUCUACCGGUGACGAAAUGCGCAAACAGUAUUUUUUUAGACUCUGCAACAUCGCUAGAACCGAUUUAUUUUACUUUACGUUCUAGGUUACAUUUAAUAACGAAUUGGGCUCAAAAAUUAAGGUCACAAUCGGUGUUAAUUAAUAUUGUUAAUUAUUUAAUAUAUUAAUUAAUAAUUCCUUUUGUUGAAAGUUGACGAAAUUUGUAUAAAAAUGAAAGUAAAGUGUGCUUCCGGCUACGAAAUCUCUAGAUGUUUUGGUGUUAUACAAAGGGGGAAACGUGACGUCGAAAUAGGUUGAGUGUUUCAAUGCAAGUAACAAUGCAAAUUUUUGACGUUUUAAUGUUAAUCUUUUUUUAUGUAGCCUGAUUUAUUAUUGUAGUGUUCAAUGUUGAUUGAGGUUUAAUAAACGACCAAUACUUUUGAAAGCUCUUACCUAACUUUACCCUUUACCUUGACACUAGAUUUAGUGAAGGUCGAUAUAUUAAAAUAAUGUACAGCAAAUUGUUUGUAGUAGCUCCAAGAAUUGGGAGAAACAAUUAAUUACUAACGUACACAUAAUAAAAAGUGUUUUUUUAGAAAUGAAGAAUUAAUUCAUAAACAAAACAAAAUGUUCCGACCUAAGGACUUGUUAGGUAACUUUUUAUGUUAGUAUUUUUUCUUUGUAAAUUGGCCUUGGUAAAAUCAGAACCAACUGGCGAGAAAACACUUUAAACUUGUUUCACUAUAUUAAAAGAUUCGCAGAGUCGUGAUAUAUAAAAUUUCCCCGGUAAAUAUUGAGUUAACACAAAUAAUUUGACAACUUAACUGACAUUUCAUAUUCGUGUAACUAUUUGCACACUAUUUCUCAAACCACCAAAUGUCGGUUUUA